AUGCAAGGGCGCAGCACCAGUCUCACUCGAUUGCCUAAAGCCUACGUGCCGCCUGCGAUGCCCUACAACAGCACACCAAUGGGUAGUCCAGCAAUGGCGGCUCAAGGGUUCAAGGUUCCCGAUCCCUUCGCUCCUCGACGGAGGCCUGCGGCAGCAAGCUUCGUGAACGCGCUCCUGGCGACUGCUUUGCUUCGUUGUUGGCAUAUCCUGCUGUUCUAUGGUUUCUGGGCGACUGCGGUUACGGUUGUCAGCCACAACUGGUACGACUUGUCCAUCAAGCCGAUCAUGCUGACCGCGACAGGUACUAUACUCGGGUUUGUGGUUUCCUACAGGACGACAUCUUCAUUCGAGCGAUAUAAUGAAGGUAGAAGGCUAUGGGCCCAGAUUAUCCACGCUAGUCGCGUCUUUGCGCGCUCGAUAUGGUUCCAUGUUCCAGCACAUCUCACCCCCGAAACCUUGAAGGCCAGAACAAUCAUCGAGAAAAAGUCUGCGCUCAACCUCCUCGAAGCCUUCAGCGUUGCGAUCAAGCACUAUCUUCGCGGCGAGGAUGGGAUAUACUAUGAGGACCUGUAUCACCUCGUUAAAUUCCUCCCGGAGUACGCGCUUCCAGCGGGGAUACCGCGUCGGCCUGAUAUGGCUUCUCCUGUUGUGCGCCCUAUGUCAGCGGAACCCGGCGACAGGUCAUCGCCUGACAUGGACUACUUCUCGCCACAGCCAAUGACUAUCACGAUAACGUCUGCAUCGGAAACGGACCUGCCUCUGCCAAACACUACGCGUGGCCCCGUUCCGGACUACGGAAGAUCUCCUGGCGGCCAUCUCAACCCCCACCCACCGCCGUAUCCCAUGUUUCGCCGUCGUAGUACUGUGAGGAGUACAAUGCUCAAUCGGAAGGACGAGGCAUAUCUUCUUCCUGCCAGCUUGCCUCCAAGAUGCCAGAUCUUCGAUAUCUUUCCCUUCUCGUUGAUCGUUAAGAGGCUGACGAAGAACGGGUUAGCGUUAGAGGGGAAGAAGGCCGCAAAAGUACGGACAUUGAUGAAGAAUAAGACGAUAUCGCAUAACAUUCCACUUGAGAUAUCGUUGUAUCUAGGCUCGUAUGUCUCUGCACUUCAGGCGAGGAAGUGUCUUGAUGUCCCCACCCAAAAUGUACUACUUCUGUCACUCAACCAGCUAGUGGAUGCCUUGACAGGCCUAGAAAGAGUGCUCACAACUCCUAUACCAUUCUCGUACUCCUUCCACUUAUGGGCAGUGACGGUGAUAUUCUGCCUAGCUCUGCCGUUUCAGAUUUGGGCUUCGCUUCAGUGGAUGACGAUUCCAGCUACGGUUAUAGCAUCUUUCUUCUUUUUUGGCUUCUUGGUAGCCGGAGAAGAGAUCGAAAACCCCUUUGGAUAUGACAAGAAUGAUCUCAAUCUGGAUCACUUCACCCAUAAUAUCAUCCGGAACGAGAUGCAUGCCAUAACAUCCACGCCUGCCCCUGAUCCAUCUUUGUGGGCAUUCUCGCCGCAUAAUGACCUCCUCUUCGCCGUGCGCGUCGACGACAAGGUGGAACGGUUAACACCCGAUCAGUGGGUUAGGAGAGGACCCAUGCGAAUGCAGGAGGCCAUGGCGGAUAUAUGA